UAAACAUCAUGUACAUGGUGGCUGCAGAUGCAAAAACUGCCAUGACGUGGAAGGAAGGAAUACGUGGCCUUCUUCAUAACUACAAGGCAAACAAUGUGUGUCCCAUGACACAGUUUCAAAAACACUGGAUGAGGCUGUCACUCCAAGUCAGUCCCAGUGGCAAAAUUCCAGUCAGAAGCAUUACCAGAACAUUUGCCUCUGGCAAAACAGAGAAGAUGGUUUUUCAGAGUCUGAAGGACCUUGGACUUCCAAAUGGAAAGAACGACGAGAUUGAGCCUGCAGACUUUACCUUUGAGAAGUUCUUUGAGCUGUAUAAGAAGAUCUGCCCAAGGACAGACAUCGAUGACCUCUUCCACAAGCUGAAUGGAGGGAAGGAGUACCUAUCAGUUGACCAGAUAAUCAACUUCCUGAAUGAGCAACAAAGAGACCCGCGGCUGAAUGAGAUCCUGUUUCCAUUCUUCGACAGAAAAAGAGUCGUGGCGCUCAUACAGAAGUACGAGGUCGACCCAGAGUUCACCAAAAAAGAGUGGAUGAGCGUGGAGGGCUUUACUCGGUACCUGAUGAGCGACGAGAAUGCUCCGGUGUUCCUGGACAGGCUGGAGGAGUAUCAGGAUAUGGACCAGCCGCUCUGCCACUACUACAUCAACUCCUCCCACAACACGUACCUCACAGGCAGGCAGUUUGGCGGGAAGUCAUCCGUCGAGAUUUACAGACAGGUGCUGCUGGCAGGAUGCAGAUGUGUGGAGCUGGACUGUUGGGAUGGGAAGGGUGAGGACCAGGAGCCCAUCAUUACCCACGGCAAGGCCAUGUGCACAGACGUACUUUUCAAGGACGUGAUCCACGCCAUUGCAGAGACAGCAUUCGAGGCUUCUGACUACCCAGUGAUCCUGUCCUUUGAGAACCACUGCUGCAAAGCUCAGCAGUACAAGCUGGCAAAAUACUGUGAUGAGAUAUUUGGAGACCUUCUGCUCAAGGAGCCAUUGGAAGACUAUGCCCUGGAAGAAGGAAAAGUGCUCCCUCCACCCAACGCACUGAAGAGGAAAAUCCUCAUCAAGAACAAGAGGCUGAAACCAGAGAUGGAAAAAAAGCAACUGGAGCUGUUCUGGAAGGGGGAGGGGAACCUGGAGGUGGAGGAGGAGGAGCAUUCUGAGUCUGGAGAAAAUGGAGUCAGCUCACCAUCCGAGGACGGGAACCCGCAGGAGUUCAAGUUCAACAAGUCCAACAGCAGCAGUGACAUCCAGGAGGAGGGCAAGAACGGCUCCCUCAAGAACAAAAAGAGUGCGAUGAGCCUGUCGCAGGAGGAGGAACAGGCCAUGGCCAUGGCACAGUACCAGUACCAGGGAGCCACCACCAAUGUGCACCCCUGUAGUGCGAUGAGCCUGUCGCAGGAGGAGGAACAGGCCAUGGCCAUGGCACAGUACCAGUACCAGGGAGCCACCACCAACGUGCACCCCUGGCUCUCCUCCAUGGUCAACUACGCACAGCCCGUCAAGUUCGGAGGCUUUGACGUGGCCGAAGAUCGCAACAUUCACCACAACAUGUCAUCUUUCAACGAAUCCGCUUGCCUCGGGUACCUAAAGACAAGUGCCAUCGAAUUUGUCAACUAUAACAAGCGCCAGAUGAGCAGGAUCUACCCCAAGGGUGCGCGUGUGGACUCCAGCAACUACAUGCCGCAGAUCUUCUGGAACGCAGGAUGCCAGAUGGUGGCUCUCAACUACCAAACUCCAGAUUUGUCCAUGCAGCUGAACCAAGGAAAAUUUGAAUACAAUGGCAAGUGCGGGUAUCUGUUGAAACCAGAGUUCAUGAGGAGACCAGACAAGACGUUUGAUCCGUUUGCAGAGUCUCCUGUGGAUGGUGUUAUUGCUGCUACAAUUGAAGUCGAGGUGAUCUCAGGUCAGUUCUUGUCGGACAAGAAGGUUGGUACGUACGUGGAGGUGGAGAUGUACGGCCUCCCCACCGACACCAUACGCAAGGAGUUCAAGACCAAGACGAUCCCGGCCAACGGGCUGAACCCGCAGUACAACGAGGAGCCCUUCGUCUUCAGGAAGGUGGUGCUACCGGACCUCGCCACACUGAGAUUUGCUGUGUACGAUGAGAACAACAAGCUGAUCGGCCAGCGUGUACUUCCGCUCGACGGGCUGCAAGCAGGCUACAGGCACGUUGGGCUGCGGACGGAGUCCAACUUCCCCAUGUCUCUUCCCUGCCUCUUCUGCAACAUCAACCUCAUGACUUAUGUUCCCGACGGCUUAGGAGAGUUUGUGGAUGCGCUGAACAACCCCAUGCAGUACCUGUCCCAGCUAGAGAAGAGAGCCAUGGCUAUGAAGGCAAUGGGCAUUGACGAGAAAGACAUAGCGGACGUCCCUGCCAGUUCGGGGAAGAAGGACAAGAAGGCGGCGAACGGCAAGUCUCCAGCCACGCCCUCCUCCAGCCUGGGGGUGGAUGGGAAGGACGGCAAGGCCAAGACGCCCACAAAAGAAUCAGCAUGUCCGGCCCCAGUCUCCAUAGAGAGCCUUAAACAGGAGAAGCAAUACAUAAAACUAAUCAAGAAACAAACUAAGGAGAUGAAUGGUCUAAAGAAGAGACAUGACAAGGAGAAGGCAGUGAUGCAGAAAGCCCAGAGCAGUGUAGUGGACAAGAUGGUGGCCGGUCACCAGAAGGAGAAACAGAGUGUGGAGAAAAAUCUGGAGAAAGCAAAGAAAAAGAAUGGGACCAAUGCUGCUGAGCUUGAAAGCAAACUAAAGUCACUGGUGGAGAAUCACGAUGCAAAGGUAAAGGAGAUCGUGGCCACGCAGACGAAGGAUUUCUCUGAGCUGGUGGCGAAGUGCUCUAAGGAGGAGCACGAGGUGAAGGAGGGGCACUUCAAGCAGCAGUGUGAGGUUCUCAAGCAGCUGAUGAAGGUGGCACACGAGCAGCAGACCAAACAGAUCACCACCAUCCACGAGAAGCAAGGCAAAGAUCUGAAGGGACAGCAGGCCAAACAGUCCAUGGAUGAGAGUAAGGCAAUCGCACAGGACAAGAAGAUCAAGAACAAGGCUGAGAGAGAGAGGAGGAUCCGUGAGCUGAACAGCAACAACAUGAAGAAGUUCCUGGAGGAGCGAAAGAGGCUGGCCAUGAAGCAGGCCCGGGAGAAGGAGAACCUGGAGAAGCAGCAGGGAGAGCAGCUGGAGGAGCUGGAUAAGGAGAUGGACAAGUGGAGGGAAUCCCAGGAGAAGGAGAAAGUGGAGGACAAACUGGCCCAGAAGCCGACAGCUGCAGUCUAACCUUCUUCCUAUAUCCAGCACCCGUAGAAUCUUGUACAGUCUAUUAUAAGACGGAGACCUCCAGCAGAAAAGAGUAAUGAACACGUGGGUAAAAUCUGACAGUGCGAAUACUGCAUGCUCAAAAGCAAGUGUACAACAAAAACUACAUUCAAUGAAUUUUUCCUGUCUGUAAAUUGGCCUGUUUUGACGUACAUUGUCGAGAACGUACAUAAGCCGGCCCUCGAGAUAACCAUCGAUCGGAACAUAGCUUCUUGAUGAUAUACGUCAUAGCAGGCCAAUGUACAUGUAAGGAAAAUUUUUAUGUACACAGUUUUUGUACGCUCACAUCUGUAUCUGUAUAGCCGGUAUAACUGCCCUUCGGCGUAACAGACCAGCUUACAACGUUUUCCUACCGUCAGUUUUUUACUCACAUGUAAAUCGGGUCAUACAGUUUGGGGAACAGGAGACUGGAAAUGUGCCAGUUUCCUUCCACAAUCCUGUUUUUCAUCUGAAUCGGACAUAGUGAUCGACAAGCCAACUUCUGGGACAAGAUUUUUUGUUUUCAGAUACUUUUAUAGCAGAUACAGAAAUGAAUGAAGAUCAUGUGUAAAGGUUUUGUGGACCAGAAGAUAUCCUCCUACUUUAUCUUUUAUCUCAGUUGAACUGUUGUUGUCUUUUAUUUUAAUCUUUGCAUGCCUGUACAAACCUUUUUAAGUUAUAUUUUCUUAUUGUCUGUGUCGUUUUAUUUAACUUCAUUCUAGACAAGUCUUAUUUUAUUUCUGUACCAACUUCUCUCAAAUACCUUUUUUUCACCUUUUGGAAUGCAUUCCUUGUUUAAAAUUUGUUUUUAUCCUUCAGUUGAUAUUGUAUUAUUCAGUUUGCAUUUUGCAUAAGUGCACUGCUUUUUAAACAAAGUAAUACCUGUUGUACUAUGAAUUGUAAGGCCUUUACUUAUAACUAACCAGUUAUAGCAGCUAUAGACUGGUAGUCUGGCUCUAGAGAACCAGGCACUUGAAUGUACUUUCUGAUUCAACUUAACUGCAACAAGUGUAAAAGGACACUGAACAUGUGGGAUACCAGAAUUGCCUUUUGUCAGAAAACGUGUGGAUGGUGUUUUCAUGAAUAUGUCUGGGUAAGAUAAUGGAAAUGAAAUAACAUUGCUAUGGACUUUGCGGCAAUGACAUAUUAAGUAAUUCUGAUUCCUUCUCAAUAGCCUUAUAGUGUUGCAUAUCUUUGGGAAAGCUUAGGGAUUGUAGUUUUUCCUGUUUGACAGUAUAUUACGCAAACAAAAACUUCCCAUUUCCCAC